GGUCAACUAGCAUCACCACCAUAUUCAGGAGGCGGAAACGGCCCCAUGAACGGCGGAUUCCCUACAGGGCCCAGGAGUGCCGGCGGCCCCUCGCCGCCUCCCUCGAUCGGUCGCUCAAGCACAGCCACGGAUAUCUACGCGAGGAGCGAGGGCGGCCGCAGCAGGAGAGAGCCGGACACCGAGGCAAUCCUGGGAGAGCACUACGUCGCGCUCAAGCGGUAUCUCUCGCAGACAUCGCGCGAUGGCAAGCCGACGCCUCCUCAGAACAAGGCCCGCGACAAGCUGCAGCGCCUGACCUCGGUGCAGUUCUACGAACUCAGUACCGAUGUCUUCGACGAGCUGCUGCGGAGACAGGCCUUCAGCAGGAGACCGCCCAAUGCGCCUCAGAGCGUCGGACCCCCGCCGUACCUCCUCCCAGAAGAGACCUUCCACCCCAAGCGUAAUCAGGCGCGCCAGAAGCUGUCGUCGCUUGGCCCUCCACGGUUCCGUGAUCUCGCCACAGACGUCUUCUGCGAGCUGGAGCGGAGGUUCCCACGUUUUGUGGCGGGCGACAUCCCACGGCUGUCGAGCCCGGCCUCGACACGAGCCCCCAGUCGGCCUGGGACCGCCAUGAGCGGCUUCCCCCCUCGUGGACCCAGCAGGCGACAGCCCAGUAACGCUUCCUCCAUCCGUGGCGCCCUGCAAGAUGCCUAUGAUAUCCCCCCUUCCCCUGGCAUGCCGCCCAGCAGCUACGACCGACCUCAACCCAAGCAAUCUCAGCAAAACACGAUAAUACCAAAUAAAAGUACCAUGGUGGAAGAGGAUGACGAUGGCUUCGAUGAUGCACAAGAUUCUUAUGCCGCGAAUAAUAUAGAAAAGGGCGAUGGCGGCUCAUCAGAAAAGGACAAGCAGAUCAUCUCCGACUACGAGGACCAGGUGCGAGAGCUGCAGGAGAAGCUCAACAGCAUGGAAGAUGACCUGAGAAAGAAGGAUGACGAGAUGAGUGGGGUUCUGAACCAGGAACGGUCCAGGUCGAAUGCUGCGGAUGCAGAAAAGCAGGAGUGGUCGAAUAUGCGCCUGGACCUAGAGAGCAAGCUCACAGAGGCCCAGAGCCUGAACAAUGCGCUCAGGGAUGAGCUCGACCGGAUGCGAGACGAGCAUGCCAACGAGACGCGCCAGCUGCGCGAGGAUAUGGAGGCCUCAGCCGCAAAUGCAGGGUCGUCGGGACGCGCAGACCCUGAGCUCGAGCGAGAGAACGAGGAACUGCGGGCGGCCCUGGACGAGCAGCGCGAGACGACUGCCCAGGUCCGACGGGAGGCGCAGGAGUUCCUGCGUGAGAUGAAGCAGCUCUCGGAGCAGAGCGGGGCAUCAUGGGCCAAGCAGGGCGAGCUGGAGAAGACGAUCGAGACCCUCGAGCAGGAGGUCCGUGACUGGCGCAACCGCUACGCAAGGGCAAAGACGCAGCUGCGCGGCAUGCGAAGCGCGUCUAUGAGCCUGUCUUCAGGCAACGACGCAGGCCGAUUCGUGCGCGACCAGAGCUUCACGGAUGACGCUGGCGUCGUGAAGGACCUGCACGUCACAAAGUUCCAGGUUGCUAUUGACGAGCUGCUCCGCCGGGCGCGCGUGGAGCAGCCCGACACGGUCAUCGAUGCCAUGAAGAGCGUUGUCAUGAGUGUGCGGCGGAUCGCAAAGGAUCUGGACGCCAAGCCUGCCGCCGACGAGCAGUCGCGGAAGCAGCGCAAGCAGCUCAAGGGCCGUGUGUCAUCAGCUGCCAACAGCAUGAUCACCGCCUCCAAGACAUUUGCUACAUCGGCCGGUAUCGCCCCUGUCUCUGUACUCGAUGCCGCGGCUUCCAACCUCGUUGCUGCCAUGGUGGAGCUCCUCCGGUUCGUCAAGAUCCGGAUCACUCCUGACGGCGAGCUCGAGGAGGAGGAUGACGGGACCGUGACCCCGGUUGAGUCUGCUGGAUUCUUCUCACCUCGCACUGCCAAGUCGCAGUCUAUCCAGAGUGCCUACCAGGCGGACCCCUACCCACAAGACCUGCCACCUCCCCCUCCCUUCCAAGGGCUUGGGAGGAGAAGCAGCAUAGACUCCUCAGCCUACAGCCCAAUCAACUCCCCUCGCGAAUCGGUCGAGCCCUACAACAAGGCGAAUGGCAACGGCUACGCGCCCACUUCUAACGGAUACGGAUCGCGCCAGGUGUAUCUUGACGAUCAAACCGCCAACCUGGUGCAGACCAUCCAAGGCCUUGUGGGUUCAAUCCGUGGCGCUGCCGACAUGAACCAGAUCGACCCGCAGAUCCGCACCAUUGUCGACACCGUCGGGCGGGUCAUCAGCGAGACGGAGCAGUCUGGCCGUGGCGACUUGCUUGGACGUCUCUACGACAGCCAGCAGCGACUGAUGGAGGCCGGCGAGAGGGGUCAUGACCUCGCAGCCGAUGGAAAGGGCGAGGGCGACCGCGAGUGGCGCAUGUGGACGCAGACACUGCCGCCCAUCGCCUUCGAGAUUGCUCGCGAGACCAAGGAGCUGGUGCAGAGGAUCGACCAGCUCAUCACGGCCAACGUCGACUUCUCUUAGGACUGGAAUUGCGAGGUCUGGUAGACCUCACUUUCUUCUAUCUUCUCUUUCUUUCGAGGGCCUGGCGUAUGAACAGCAAGGGAGGUUGCUGUGAGAUGCUUUGUUUCCCUGUGCUUGAUGAAUUUGGUCGGCUUCUUGUUGCUUCGAUAUACCCGCCAGAAGCUUUGUACCGCCUUUACUUUUUUUUCUUUUCUUUUCUUCUUUUCCCUUUCUUUUCCCCUCCGACCUUUUUAACCUCACCUGUUGACUCGUCUUUCUGAGCGAGUACAAUUCCUAUGAUUGCACAGGGCAUCGCAUUAUUACCACUUUUGUUGUUUUCCUCGUUUUUGUUUUCUUCUUUUCUGGUUUCUCCCUUGCUUUUUUUUGUAAUGCAUGUCAGUGGAUGACUGACUUCACAUGUUCGGGGAGGAUGGAUGGAUGGGGACAGGAGGAAAAGAAGACACGUUUAUGUGACUGAUAGAUGGUGUGCACAAACGUUUGGGAAACCAAAACGGGCUACACACUUGGCACUGCCUUCCUGGUCGACUCGAGGAGGGUUUUCUCAUGAGUCGUCGAGCUGAGGGAAAUGGAGGGCUCAAACAAAUCAGGAGGGAGAGAGUCCUUGCUAGAGAACAAUAGCUGUUGUCUGUAGUGGUCUCUUGCGGCAGACAAUAUGGAGAAGUUCUUACCCCUG